UUGACAGGCAGGUUAGUUCAGGCUCUUGCUCCUACCAACAGACAGCAGCUGGACCCCUUCACAAAAUUCAGACACAAAAACUCACACAAUGAGCUUUAAACUCCUGGCUUACGGAGUCCUGCUGGUUGCUUUGACGGCUACAGGAAGUGAUGCACAGCUGGACGUUUGUGGAACUGCUCCUAUCAACACAAAGAGCCAAACGAAGAUUGUGGGGGGUACGAACGCAGUGGCGGGGGCGUGGCCAUGGCAGGUCAGUCUGCAAAACGGUGGCUCCCAUUUCUGUGGAGGUUCCCUGAUCAACAACCAGUGGAUCCUGACUGCUGCUCACUGCUUUCGCAGAUUCACCGCUUCAGAUGUGCUUGUCUACCUUGGAGCUGACAGCCUGCAAAGCACAAAUCCUAAUGCAGUGUCCCGGUCAGUGUCUCAGGUCAUCAUUCACCCGAACUACAAUUCAGUCACCUUCGACAACGACAUCACUCUGCUGCAGCUGUCCACACCUGUGACUUUCACCGACUACAUCCAACCUGUGUGUCUGGCAGCAGAUGGCAGCAUCUUUGCAGGUGGACUGAACAUCUGGGUCACUGGAUGGGGGGCCAUCAGGUCUGGUGUUUCGCUUCCUAGCCCUCAAACGCUCCAGGAGGUGCAGAUUCCCAUCGUGACCAACAAUCAGUGCAACGCUGCUUAUAGUACAAUCACGAGCAACAUGAUCUGUGCUGGUGUGUCUCAGGGAGGAUUAGACUCCUGUCAGGGAGACUCCGGCGGCCCGAUGGUGAGUAAAACUGACACCAGGUGGGUCCAGGCUGGAGUGGUGAGUUUUGGAGAGGGAUGUGCUCAGGCAGGCUUUCCAGGAGUCUACGCCCGAGUGUCCCAGUACCAGUCCUGGAUCAACAGCCAGAUCAGCAGCGACCAGCCGGGAUUCAUUCAAUUUACCAGUUCAGGAACCGCGGGAGGAGGCCGGAUCAUCUCCCUCUCUUUCGUUCUGCUGCUGUCCAUCUUACCCGUCCUCCUCUCUCUCUUUGUCCUCUCAUGAUGACUUUAAUGAAGUUGAGUUAAGUUAAAAUCUGUAAAAAUGGCCAUAUAUAUUUAUAUGGCCAUUUUUUUCCAGAUUAUUUUCUCCCACAAAUAAGGGGGGAAAAAACUUGUGGAGUCAAAUAUGUCCUUUACAAGAAAUUAUUUUAAAUUAAUUACUCUUUAAUCAACAGAUUAAUAUCUCAUAAGAUGCUCAAUUCACCAAGUAAAAAAAUCAAUAAUAAUAUUUUGUAAAUAGAUCUUGGGGGUUUAUGGUUUUCUUUAAUAUUAAGAUUAGUAAAUUAAAAAACAGUUAAUGUUCUUCAAUCUUCUUAUUAAUUAACUGAUUAAACUUCUGAAAAGAGACUGAAAAGAUUAAUUAAUCAUCAUUAAUAAAUCAUAAUCAGUAGAAUUUUCACUUUCAAGCUUGACUGUCCAUAUACAGAGACCUCUAAGUGACAAAAUUAUAAAAUAAAAAUAGAUAAACAAAAUUCAAGAAGUACAUAUAAUGUAAUGCACCAAAAUCCAAAUUAUUGAUAAUAAAUGUAUGCCAUAUUUACUUCGUUUUUCUGUUAUUGUUUGUUAUAUAGACAUAAGGAAAUUUAAAUGAACCCUAACAUUACUGUGAAGGAUAAAUAUUGCACAUGGAGGCCACCUUUAUUAUAAUCCUACCAUUUAGAAAAAUUUAAUUAUAAUUAUAUAUAUAAAAAUAGAAAAAACUGACACAUUUAAAAUUUAUAGUGCUUUUAAAAACAAUUUAAAAUCAAGUAAAUUGUAAUGAAUUAAUUGAUUCAGAGUUGAAACAUAAAUCAGUUUGAAAAAAAUUCUAAAUUUGUUUUUAAAUUUAAUUAGAAUUUAAUACUUAUGUGUACCGUAAAAAUAAUUAUAAACUUUAAUAAGGUAACAAAAAUAUUUGUGUAAUUGAACCAGGAAUAAAACCUUUUAAGAAUUUAGAUUUUGUUAAACAUUUUAAAAUUAGUUGACACAUUAAUGACUAAAAGCUUUUCUAACAAUUUAUUUUUCAUUGCUUUUAAAUUUUUUAAAGAAAAUAAUGAGACAGAACAAUUGAAUUAAAAAGGGUUUUUUUUGUCUGUUUUUAUCAAAGAGUAUUACACUGAAAUAUUAUAGUGAGAUAAAUAUACCAUAAAUAUUAGUAUAAUUAUUAAAGCCUAACUGUCUAAAUGUUGUGGCACUGCGGGGACUCCGUACUAAAAUUUGGUCUGAAACUGAUCGAACAAACAAGUGUUGGUAAAUUUACUUCAAAACAAAACAAACAAACAAAAAAACAAGUGAAAAACCUCAAGAAGAGCUCUGUUCUCUACAUCUAAAGUUUCAGUGUUUAAGAAGAGAAAUAUUAAAAUUUGCACUAAUGCUGUGUUUUGAAAACUUUGUAAACUUGAACAUGUGAUGCAGCAUUAUUGACCUUUACUGGACUUUAUUACCUCUGUAAUCUGUUUUAUGUUCAUUAACUUUUAACACUUUUAGUUUGUACAUCCAAACGUCUGUAACUGUGAUUUACUAUUUAAACAUGUGAAUUCUAAAUUCUCUGAAAUAAUAAGAUAAACAUUUUCACUUGACUGUGUUUUCUAUGUCCUCAUGUUUGUCUGAUGGUUGAUCAGUAAACAGUGAUGUAGGA